ACCCGCAGCCCACGCAUGCGAGCAGCGACGGUGUACCCCGAAUUCAAGAUGGCGAAGGGAGACAAGAAAAAGAAAGACUCUGCCAAGAAAGAGUCGAAAUCAGAACCACCUCCCACCGAAACACCGAGCGAGGAAAAGAAAGAAGAAGAUGUCCCAACAGAGACUGCAGAGGAGACGGCCACAGAGACGGAAACUAAGGUUGAGGAGCCGCCACCCAGAGAGCCCACCCCUGAACCAGACUAUGAUGAACCUACCCUUACAGACCUUAUUGUUGAGGCGUUUGAAGGUGAGAAGUUGCGAGGCCUGUAUGAGGGAGAUGGAGUGGCUAAGUUUGCAGGAGAGCAUGUGUAUGAGGGUCAGUUCACAGAAGGUCUGAUGCAUGGCAGAGGGCGUUACACCUGGGCAGAUGGUAUCACUUAUGAGGGUGAUUUCUUCAUGAACGCGGUGACAGGUACGGGGAUGUACAGGUGGAAGGAUGGCAGUACGUACGAGGGGGAGGUGUACGAGGGUCUGCGUCACGGCCAGGGAACCUUCAAGUGUUCCUCCAAACCCUGCUCAUACUCAGGACAGUGGCACAUGGGCAGGAGACACGGGCAUGGAGUGAUGUACUACAGUGAGGACGGUGCCUCGUUCUACGAGGGAGACUGGGUCCAGGGGAUCAAGCAGGGCUGGGGCCGGCGCGUCUACAAGUCGGGGAACGUGUUCGAGGGGCAGUGGAUGAACAACCUGCGGCAUGGACAGGGAACCAUGAUCUGGCACUCACUCAACCAGAGAUAUGAGGGGACUUGGGAGAAUGGAGUCAUUCAUGGUUUUGGGACCCAUACCUGGUUCCUGAAGCGUGUUCCCGGCUCCCAGUAUCCCAUGCGGAAUGAGUACACUGGGGAGUUUGUGAACGGGGUGAGACACGGGCGAGGGAUCCUGUUUGCUGGAGGAGCUGUGUACGAUGGGGAGUGGGAGGAUAACAAGAAAUAUGGAUGGGGAGUCUUCACCUUUAAGAAUGGCAGGAUAUUUGAGGGUCAGUUUGAGAAUGACCACAUGCUUGACCACCCGACGUUCAGUAUGGAUGGUACAACCACCCCUGACCUGUCCGGCAUACGCACCAGGACCCCACCAGGCUACCAAGAGGAGAUGAUGUCCGUUAAGAGUGCCGGUGCAGAGAGUAAGAACACCCUGGGCCCCAGCCUGGCGCUCAACAUCAGACACCUGCUGGACGAGUUUCCCGAGGUGGACAGGGACGAGGAGCAAAAUCAGGUAUUCUGUGUUGUCCUGCGCCACAUCAGCCACCUGAAGCGGGUGUACACGUUCUACGCCAGCCUGGGCCAGGAGGAGGUGUCCGACCAUGACAACACCUACAUCAUGUCCAAACUGCAGUUCUGGAGGCUCCUCAAGGACUGCAAGACUCACGACAAGGGCGUCACUCUGGCCGAGAUGGAUCGCAUGAUCGGUCGAGGCAAGUCCCCAGAAGAGAUCCACACACCGUAUGAGCAGAUGUUACUGAGGGAGUACCUGGACCACCUGGUCACCAUCAGUUAUCAUCUGUACCAGGAGGAACUCACUGAGGAUGAAAUGGAGACAGGGAGGAUCCUGGCCACCUGCUUCUCUAAACUCAUCCAGAACAACAUUUUACAAUAUGCUGGUUCUGUAGCAGGCAAUUUCCUGUACGAGCCGAGGAGGGCCGUGAAUGCUCUGGGUUACAUGGAGAAGUGCUGGGAGAUCUACAAGACUCAGUGUAAGCAGAGGAGACACCUGCCUCACGAACCCUCCAUGAAGAUGAGACAGUUCCUGUGGAUGAUGAUGGACUACAAGUUGCUGAAUGAGACCCUGACAUCAGCGCAGGUGCUGCGUAUCCUCUCCACAGACGACCCCAAAGUGUCAGAUGGAGAAGACUGUAACCUGGAGCUGGAGAUGACGUUUCUGGAGUUUUUUGAAGGCCUGAUUGGCUGUGCCGUGAAGUAUGUGACAGAAGACGUUCUGAAGAACCCGAGUCCGCAGGCGAGCGAGGCGGGGUCGCAGGGCGGGGACAUGGACGAGUCCAUCGCCAGCCCCGCCUCCGCCAUGUUACACUCCAGGGCCAGCCAGAUGUCUGCUCGAGGCCGUGAGAAUGAGUCCCCAGAGUCGGCCUCCCCAGACCUGGGUUCCCCCAUGGCCAGGGCCUCCACUGUCGACAUCAAGCACGACCAGUCUCGCAAGACACUGGAUACCCAGCCAUCAGGAGUGAUGAGCAGCUCCCACACAGACCUGAACCCCGUCAGCAGCGUGGUCACACAGAAGGUUACCUCAGAGCACAGUCCUGACCACCUGAAGAAGAGUUCAUCUGUGACAGUUCCGCUGGAAGAGGACAUGUCGGGGCUGGAGCAGCACAGGAUCUCCAUGGUCUCCAUGGGACCCAGCGGGGAGACACUGGAGGAGGUGCCAGAUGAAGAAGAGCUGGAGGAGGAUGAAGAAGUGAUGGACGAGGCUGAUCGACAGUUCAACUUCUGGACCAAUCAGAUCCACCUGUUCUUCAUCCGUCGGCUGUUCCCUGCGUACGAGCACAUGGAGAUGCUGAAGGAGGAGACGGUACGGGACCGCAUCCGGGCCGCGGAGGAGGCCAGGCUGGCCGCCAUCAAGGCUGAGGAGGAUGCCAGGGCCAGGGCCCAAGCAGCAGAAGAAGAAGCCUUGAGGAAAGCACAGGAGGAACUGGAGCGACCCAAGACGUCGGAGACUGACGUCACUGCUAAGGACGAGGAUGAGGUCGCUACAACUGUCACCUCCAAACCUUCCAAGUCCCCACCAAAGGAAGACAGACCAUCCAGAAAGAGCAGAAAAUAAUGUUGAUAUUGCCCACCUCUUGUACAUAUCAAUUUUCAUGUUUGAAUAAUGAGUGAUUUACCUUGGUUGUGGUAGUGUACCACUUUAUAUACUGGUAAUGUUCGAUGUUUAACGGAAUUGAAAAGUAUUUUCACAAGUGAGUUUAGUUGACAAUACCAUAUGGAAAAUGUGUGAACUACACCUGUCCCAUAUAUUGUACAGAAUCAUGCAAUAUGGUCCUGCAUUUUGCAAUGAUGGAUUGCCAUACAGCAAAGACAUAUAGAAUAUUACUAUGUACAUGUAUAUAAUAUAGCCACUGCUGUACAGACUUUGAUGGAGUUUAUAUGGGGUUGAAAAGGUGUAACCCCAGUGAAAAACCAAACAUUGUAUUAGGAGAAUUCUUCAACAA